GGAUGGCAGGCCCCUCCAAGCCUGGAGCAGAGAGGUGGGGGGGUACCCUCUCGGCCUCACGGAGCCCCGAGAGUGAGCCAGCUUGGAGCUCCAGCCGCACCCUUGCUGUGGGGUCUGGGUCAGCUGCUCCACUGUCUGAGCCCGCGUCCUCCCUGGCGACACUCCCUUGAUGGCCUUGCUGGCCUCCGAGGGCAGAGGGGAGGCUGCUAGGCGCCGUGAAAAGACCCAGGUGCCGGGGUGGGGAGGACUCCUGAUUUCGCAGGCUGUGUCCCCAGCUGGCCUUCCGAACAGGCUCCGUCCCUCCCUCCCUGCUGAUUCUGCCCAUGUCUCUUGCUUUCAAGCUUGCGCUGUCUCUGGCCUCUUCAACUGCAUCACCAUCCACCCUCUGAACAUCGCAGCGGGCGUGUGGAUGAUCAUGAACGCCUUCAUCCUGCUGCUCUGCGAGGCGCCCUUCUGCUGCCAGUUCAUUGAGUUCGCGAACGUGGUGGCGGGGAAGGCGGACCGGCUGCGCUCCUGGCAGAAGGCUGCUUUCUACUGCGGGAUGGCCGUGGUCCCCAUCGUCAUCAGCCUGACGCUGACCACCCUGCUGGGCAACGCCAUCGCCUUCGCCACCGGAGCGCUGUACGGGCUCUCUGCGCUGGGCACAAAGGGCGAUGCGAUCUCCUACGCCAGGAUCCAGCAGCAGAAGCAGCAGGCGGAUGAGGAGAAGCUCACGGACACACUGGAGGGGGAGCUGUGAUGUGGGUUGAGGGCGACCCUCCGGAGAUCCCUGCUUGCCCCUCUGGUCUGUGUGAGCACAUCCCUGAGCGGCACUGACCCUGAGGACAGCCUGGAAGAGGAGCUGGUGCCUGGCGCCCAUUGGUCCCUCUCACCUGUCCCUGUGCCUGGAGUCCUCUGCCUGCCCCUCCCCGGAUUGGCAUCUUCUGGCCCCGAGCCGGGUGCUGAGGGCCUGCGGUGAGGGCUCUGGGGGCCGUGGCCAGCAGCAAGGCGAUGGGCAGUGGUGGCAGGCCGCAGGACUUGAGGCAGAGUGCAGCCUGCACAGCUCUGCACAGACAGCCUACCUGACCCCACUCUUCGCAGCCGGCCUGGCUUGGCCGGAAGCAGACUUACACUGCUGGUGGGACCACUGGAGACCUGCCGAAUCCCUGAGGGGAACUGCUGCUGGAGACACUGGCCCAUCUCGUGGUAGGAGGCACGUCAGCUCCAGGCCUGGGCAUCGGCCAGUACGAGCCUCCUCUCAGAUCUCUGGGUAGGAGAGCGUCUUAUAAGCUGAGCCACUUGGGCCACCUCUGUCCUCCUGUCUUGGGGGGGGCAGUGUCCUGCCCCCUCGGCCUCCUGCCACGUCCCAGGGUCCCUGCCGCUCUGUUCUCUGUGCCCGAGAGCAGCCUUGGCAGCGACAGGACAGCUGGCUGAGCCUGCCCUCUCCCUGUUUCCAGAAGCCUCAGACCAGCACAGAGCCAGGACACUCCCCAUGGGCCUGGCUGGCCCCCAGGUUCUUUGAACGCUCCCCCCCCCGCCCCCGCCCUGGUGCUAAGGAAGUGGCAGGGGGCAGGCUCUCCUAGCUGCGGUGGUGGUGGUGGGGGGCUGCCUGGCCACUUCUCUGGUAUGGGCCCCGCCUCAUCCCCGCCCUGCCCUUGGGGAGCUUCCUGCCUUCUGAGAGCUGGGUCAGGCUAGCGCUGCCCUCCACCCCCACCCACCAGCUGUCCCCGCCCUGUCAGGCCACCAGGGCCGUUGUAGAAGCAGCCCUGCCUGGGACACGUGCUGCUGUCUCCCCAGCCUCCCUCCUUGCACCGUCCCCUCCAUCCGCCUCAGCCCACUGACCGCUCUGCUGGACUGGGCUUCAGCCCUGGGCAGGUCUGAUGGGCUGGCCAGCCGGGGAGCACAGGUGGAAGCGGGUGGGUGUGGACAUGCCCGCCUGGGGCUCAGCUCCUGCUGCUCCUCCAAGUCCCCGGGCUGGGCCUGCUCCGAGCGCCCAGAGCUCAGGGCCGCUCUUGCUCAGUGGAGCCAGCCCCAGGCCUGCACCCCAGCCUCUGCUUCCCCUCUGGGGUUUGUUAGUGUUGGAGGCGGGGAGGGGAGGUCCUGCCUGUCCUGGGGACACGUCACUGGGCUUCUGGCCCACAGCGUCCCCCCAGCAGCUCCCCAGGAAGCCUGACCAGGCUGAGCCCCAGGGUGGCUGGUCGGUGCUUCAGUGCGGCCAGCGUGUGGGACACGUGCCUUCAGGGGUCCUCUGGGGCCACUUUCCUCAGGCCAUUGCUGGGCUCAAAGGGCUAAAGGCUGGAGGCCUCUCAAAACCUGCAGAGGGGCUGUGUGUGUGUGUGUGUGUGUGUGUGUGUGUGUCUUCUCCUGCGUGUGCAGCGAAUAAGACCUGUCUACCUCCUGCCCCUCUUGGCUCACUCUUACCCAGGAAGUAAGACUUGGGGGUCUCUCCUGCUCCUGCCCCCGGGGCCUUGCUGACGGGAUCUCCUUGCUGCGGGAGAAGGGCUGGCUGUGUGUCGGGGAAGGUUGCCCCUCUGCCCUGGGAGGGAGUUGGGUGGGCGUUGGGCAGGCCCUCAGCCCCUUGGUCACAGGCCAGAGCAGGAAGGUCACUUGAGGUUCGCAGUGUGUGCAGCCAAGCAGUCCCGGUGCCGGUGGUCCAGUCUCCCAGCGUGAGGGCCCGCCUCGCAAGGCGGUGGAGGGGUGGGGCUGCCAGGACCCACUGCCGCCUCUGCUCUGGGCUGUCUUCUGCGGGUCCUUGUUCCCUCUCAGUGCUCAGCCUGCUUUCUGCACAGUAAAGCCUGCUUGUUGUGUGCUC